ACGUCUUAGUCUUGGUAUAGAGAAAUCUAUUGAAGUAUUAUCUCUUUAAAAAAAGGAAGAAAAUUGUAUACAAAAUGUUUCGUUCGUUGAGUAGAGCACAAAAGUGCUGGAGCUUAUUUAGCCGUGGAGCAGAGACUGGAUAUCUUUCGGGCAUGGCUAUGAAGUUCUCCCCAAUCGCCGAGCUAUCUCUCCGACACUAUUCCCCGCCUCCACCCACACACAUCAAACAAUCGGCUGUGCCCAACGAGUCUGGUACCAUGGCCCAAAUUAAACAGGAGAUGAUGACGAGGCUUGGUCUGGAACCAGGCUAUCAACCGUUGCCCAAGUCCCGUGAACAUUUACUCAAAUAUCAACCGAAAAUGGAGGAGCUACCGGCUCGGGCUAUGCAGGAUUCAUUCACAUCCGCCAUAAUUCCAUUGAGCACUGAUCGUGUGCUGCAGGACAAGUAUGUUACCUACCUGGGAAGUGUGCGCAUGGGUAGACUACUCGAGGAUAUGGAUAUGUUUGCUUGCUGGUGUUGUCACAAGCAUUUGGCUGUGCCCAAUCUUCCAUCAGACGUCCAUCUACCCUAUACGUUUGUCACCAUUCUUGUGGAUCGCAUUGAUUUCACCAAUGUGCUGGCCUCUGGCACCGCCGAUAUACGCCUCUCGGGACACGUCUCAUGGGUGGGAACUAGUUCGAUGGAGGUGGUCGUGUGGCUGGAGCAAAUGCUUAACGGCAGCUAUAAGAAAUUGACCCGUGCGCUUUUUUUGAUGGCAGCGAGAAAUGCCACAAAUACCGCGGCGGCUCCCGUGAAUCCGAUUGAACCAGCCAACGAAGAGGAGAAGGUGAUUUUAGCCGGCGGCAAAGAUCGCAAACGACAGCGCCAGAUCAUUUGUGCCCAGUCCAUCUUUAAAGUGGAGCCCAACGAUCCGGAGCAAACGCUUAUGUAUGAGUUGUAUAAACGAACGACACCGACCAACACAUUGGAGCUGAAUAAACGAAUUCUGCCACCAAACAGCCGCUGGAUGUCGGACUCCUUUCAGAUGAGCACUAUUCCCUCAUUUCCGGAGCAUCGCAAUCAUCACAAUCGCGUAUUCGGUGGCUUUCUAAUGCGCAGCGCUCUCGAGAUUAGCUGGGCUGCCGCCUUUCUCUAUUGCAAGACGCGACCCAAAUUGGAGCACAUCUCUGAUAUUAGUUUCGAGAAACCUGUCAGUGUCGAUAGUUUCAUUAAGAUGACCGCGUAUGUUGUCUAUACUAAACUGAACUAUGUUCAGAUCAUGACUGUUGCCGAUGUUGUGGACACUCACACGGGCAAUCAGGUUACCACAAACACCUUCUAUUACACGUUCUCAGCGCCGGACACGGUGACUGAGGUGCUGCCACGCUCCUAUCACGAGACCAUGUGGUAUAUACAGGGACGCCGCAAGUUCGAGUAUAGCAUGGGUCUAAAAUAAACGCAUGAUUCGCACAGAAUCAAACCAUAAUUGGGUGAAACCGACAGACUAUAUGAUAAGCGUAUUGUUAUUAUUAUCAUAUAUGUAUGCGCCUAUGAGUCUUACUCUUUAUAUGUACUUAUGUAUGCCUGAAUGUUCUCUGUUUUGCUUUUGGAAUAAACCCUAAUAUAAUCAGAUAA